AUGUUUCCACUUUUGAUAGUUAUGCAAACUUUGUAACAAGAGAAAUGGAUUUGUGAUAUUUGUUGUAAAUUGUGAAUAAAAUCAAAAUGUUACGAAAAUUCAAUGCCAGAUUACUGCAAUUAUCCAAUAAUGCAGCAUGUACACAAUUGGUGUCAAAAUUGCCACUAUGUACGUCUGCACCAAUUGAAGAUGCUAAUAAGAAGGUUGUCAGUAAGGCCAUGAAAGCAUAUCUUGAGAGGGCCAAGGAACAUGAUGAAUUUAUGGCACAGAAGAAUUUGGAGUUUCAAAUUGGAAAAAGGCAUUUGGCCAACAUGAUGGGGGAAAAUCCUGAAACAUUCACACAGGAAGAUGUUGAUAAUGCCAUUUCUUAUUUGUUUCCUUCAGGCUUAUUUGAAAAGAAAGCCAGACCUUUGAUGAAGCCCCCAGAGGAAGUAUUUCCACAGAGGAAAGCAGCUGAGUUUGAUCUUAUGGGCAGACCACACCAUUUCCUCUUUUACACAGGAAAACCUAAUUUCUAUAAGCUGUUAUAUGAUAUUGUUGAAAGAGUGAAUGAAUGCAAUAGAUAUGAGGAUGCUAUGAAUAGGAAGAGCAUCCAGAGGGAUCCUAAUUUAGUUUUGGAAAUGAGUGGUUACCAAUGGUUAGAUAAAGAUGCUUUGGAGAAGCAGUGUGUAGAAGGAAUUAAUGAUAAAGAAUACAAUAAUUUCAAAGAUGCUAUGGAGAGACUCACCAAAUUACCUUACUCUUAUAAAGUGAAAGAUUUCAUUAUGGAGUAUAGUAGACCCUUGAUGAUGCAAACUAAAACUCAUGAUGUGCCUGAACUUCAGUAUGAUAAAGAUGGCAAAGCCUUUAUUACAACUUAUGAAUGCUUAAGGAAACGCGCCAGAGCAGAUGUCACAGUUAGCAGUCCAGGUACAGGGAAAAUUACAAUCAAUGGAGAAGGCAUCAAUUAUUUUGAUGAUAUCCAUUGUCGCGAACAGCUUUUGUUCCCACUGAUUUUUACUAACUUGCACAAAAAUGUGGAUGUUGUGGCUAACGUAGAGGGAGGAGGUCCAGCUGGACAGGCCGGCGCUAUCCGAUGGGGAAUAGCAUGGAGUCUCAGGAGUUUCGUGGACCAAGAAAUUGUAGAAAAAAUGAGAAUAGCUGGUCUAUUAACACGCGAUUAUCGUAUACGAGAAAGGAAGAAGCCUGGUCAAGCCGGCGCCAGGAAGAAGUUCACUUGGAAGAAACGUUAGGAUGUAUUUGUUUUUUUGUAUUUGUACUAAAUAAAUUUAAUGCGACUAGAAAUCAUUUACAUCUCCUUGAGAGGAUGG